CCCGGGCGGGGCUGCGGGACGCGGGGACCCCCCCCCCCCAACCCCGGACCCCCUUCCCCGGCCCCCCCCGGCCAUGGCGCGGCUGGAGGCGGUGGCCAACGUGGCGCUGCGGGUGCCGGGGCUGGCGCUGCUGGACCUGCUGUACCGCUGGGACGCGGCGGCCCUCGGCGACCUGCUGCGGCCCCGCCGCGGGGACCCCCCCCUGCUCCGGCCCCCCGCCCUACGGGGCGCCUACUGCCUGGGCCACUUGCUGUGCCUGGUGGUGCUGAUGCUGCCGGUGCGGUCCCUGGUGAAGCUCUACCUCCACCUCCUCACCGCGCUGCUGCUCGGCGCGGGGCACACGGUGGCCAGGGACUACGUCCGCCGCGAGCUGGAGUAUGGCUUCCAGGGCGCCGUGUACAGCGACCCCGCGGCGCUCGGCCGCUUCGCCACCGCCCUCGCAGGCCAGCUCUGCCUGUGCGUCCUCUGCUCCCUCCUGAUGAGGAGCAGGCAGCCCUGGCUGUUCGGUGCCCCGCUGCUGCCGGUGCUGGCUCGCCUCUGCGGCCUCCCCCUCCACGCCCUGCCCGUCCUCGACACCUUUGCCGCCAUCCUCACCGCCCUGGAGGUGCUUUACGUCCUCGGCUCCCACGUCCUCGUCCCCUUCCAGCUGGCUGCCGCCGCCUGCCGGGAGGUUGUGCAGGCGCUGGAGGUGUACCGGCUGGUCGCGCUGGGGGUGUCCCUCUGGAGCCAGCUGGCCAUCCCGCUCCUCUUCCUCGUCUUCUGGCUGGUGCUCUUCUCCCUCCGGCUCUCCUCCUUCCUCACCUCCUCCAGCAGUCCCCUGGCCCAGCAGGGCCUCCUCUUCCUCCUCCUCAGCAGCGCGGCCGAGUGCUGCAGCACGCCGUACUCCCUCAUCGGCCUCACCUUCACCGUCUCCUACCUCGCCCUGGGCGUCCUCAGCCUCUGCAAGUUUUACCUGCUGGGCUUCGGCGCCUUCCAGAACGGCAACGUCAUGCACAGGGGGGUGACGGAGGGUGUGACGCUGCUGCUGCUGGCGCUGCAGACGGGGCUGCUCGACCUGCAGAUCCUCCAGCGGACCUUCCUCCUCAGCAUCAUCCUCUUCAUCGUGGUGACCUCCACGCUGCAGUCCAUGAUCGAGAUAGCUGAUCCCAUCGUGCUGGCGUUGGGGGCCUCCCGCAACAGGAGCCCCUGGAAGCAUUUCCGCGGCGUCAGCACGUGCCUCUUCUUGCUGGUUUUCCCUUGCUUCAUGGCCUACAAGAUCGCCCACUUCUUCCACCUGGAUUUCUGGCUGCUGAUCCUGGUCUCCAGCUGCAUGCUCACCUCUCUGCAGGUGAUGGGCACCCUCUUCAUCUACGCCCUCUUCAUGGUGGAGCUGCUCCAGGACACGCCGCUGGAGCGGAUGGACGAGAUCAUCUACUGCGUGAACGCGGUGAGCCGGGUGCUGGAGUUCCUGGUGGCCGUCUGCGUGGUGGGCUACGGCACCUGGGAGUCCCUCUUCGGGGAGUGGAGCUGGAUGGGCGCCUCCGUCAUCAUCAUCCACUCCUACUUCAAUGUCUGGCUGCGCGCUCAGUCGGGCUGGAGGAGCUUUCUGCUGCGCCGCGAGGCUGCCAAGAAGAUCAACUCCCUGCCCCGGGCCACUGGCGGGCAGCUGCAGGACCACAACGAUGUCUGUGCCAUCUGCUUCCAGGACAUGCAGGUGGCCGUCAUCACCCCCUGCAGUCACUUCUUCCACGCCGCCUGCCUCCGCAAGUGGCUCUACGUGCAGGACACGUGCCCCAUGUGCCACCAGCAAGUCACGCCGGUGGCCGCCGAGGAGGAUCACGGCAUUGGGAGGGCGGCUCGCCCGGCACCGGCCGGUGGGGACGAGGUGCCGGAGGACGGAGGAGCCGCCGCGAACCCAGCCCCGGCUCGGCCCCGGGAGGACAGGCUGCCCGGCGUAGACAGCGUGGUCUCAGGCCAGGGGGACAGUGGGGCUUCCCAGGACCAUGGGGCUGGGGACCGCAGCCCCCACCACCCUGCUCAUCCCGACACCUCUGCCCCGCAGGAACGAGAAGCGGGUGCCGUCCCGCAGCCCGCCGGGGACCCUCACCCCGGCGUCCCGGACACGCAGCAUCUGUCCCCCUCGCCCACCAGCCCGGAGGCUUUUGCCAGCCCUGAGCUCGGCGCAAGGGACAGCGGGGAUUCCCACAGCAGUGACCGUACCUCCUAGUACCGCGGGCUGCCGCCCCCGAUGCCGGGGUCCCUCCGCGGGGGCCAUGCCGGCAGCAAGCGGGGCCGGGACCCCGCAUGGCACCAGCGUCCCCGAGUGCCCGCAUCCCCACGGACUCUUUUUGCAAUAAAACCGGAGCUGAAGCGGC